AUGAAGAUGCAAGCGCCUGUCCUGCCUCGAUCUUAUAACAGCAUCGAGCAGUUGACUGAUGACCUUAUCGAUUUUAUCCAAUCUCCACUGGUGCGCCAGAUCACAGGCGGCGUCCACGUGAAUGAUGCAUUCAUCAACGAUGCCUGGAGCAAGCUUCCAGCAGAAUGGACCAAUUAUUGGGACUCACUCUCAGAUUCUCGAGUCGCACAGCGAGAUAUGAUUGACAGUAUCGACGAAGAUGAACGCGCGCGUCAGUCUGUUGGCUACGAGAGCGCUCUGAGCCGGCCGGGGGGGCUUGUAUCAUGGCUGGAGAAGCUAAAGUCGGUCUCUUUGCCUCGAAGUCAGCGUAAAGGGCCAGUUUUGACCCUUCCCGAAGUUCUCACCAACCACAUGGAGACAAAGAAACUCAACGAGGUGUCUGUUGCGGCGCCUUACAUCCAUUCCAUCUGCCAAGCGAGCGGCAUCACUCACGUCAUUGAUAUGGGUUCCGGGCAGGGCUAUCUCUCCAACACGCUUGCGUACCUGUUCCCGUCUCUCCGUGUCCUGGCAAUCGAUGGCAGUGAAUCUCAGAUAGCCGGAUCAAAGGCCUUUGCCACCUCUCUCGGUAUCACACAAGACAGGAUGCAGCAUCUUGUUCGAUACAUUGACAGCUCAAUAACACUGGCCUCAGAGAUAGAUGCUUGGGCGAGUGGGCAGAAAUGCCUACUUGUGGGACUUCACGCCUGCGGCAAUCUGUCCGAGCACAUGCUUAGGUACUUCGCCACAUGCCUCUCCAUUACUCACCUGGGAGCCGUUGGAUGCUGCUAUAACCACAUCGUGAUGCGCUCAGACAGCUACCCGGAUGGCUUUCCUAUCAGUGAGCGGCUGAGGAAGCGGAACGUGACACUGACAUCCACGGCAUUAAUGGCGAGCUGCCAGGCCCCUAACAAUUGGGCGAGGACAGACUUGACAAAGCCCAAGUCGAUAUAUUCCAGGAAGCAGUUCUACCGGUCUUUAUUGGAGAAGAUGUUUCAUGAUAAGGGUAUUCAAAUCAACGACAAGCCAAACUGGGGCACUAGGAAGAGCGAUUUGGCCAACUUCGAGAGCUUCACAAGACGUGCGAUGGAAUGUCUGGGUGUCGAACAGGAUACGAUUUCGAAGAUGGACAUUGCCGAGUAUGAGACUCGGUACGCGAGCAAUGAGGGCAGGAUAUCCAUUCUGUGGACAUUGAGUGUGCUAUGCUGUAAAGUAAUUGAGAGCAUUAUUGCUCUUGAUCGUUACUGGUUUCUCGUCGAGCAUGGAGCUCGCAACGUGGACAUUGUUCCCAUCUUUGAGUAUAAGAUCUCACCGAGGAAUCUGAUGAUGGUAGCCGAAAAGCCUCACUAG